GAUGCAGCGGUCGGAGCGCUAUGCGUCAGCGGUACAUCCACGGUGCUGCUGAAGGACAAAAGGAGGAGAGAGAGCAGCCCGUGCUGGCCACCGCUAAAGGCCACACAUAAACGGACGGGAAGGCACGCCAGCAAGUGGGGAGUGAAAAUGUUGCCGCGGACUGGCUUUCCCUGCGCCUCUCCACUCCGCGCUCCUCUCGGCUCCCAGGCUGCCGCUGCGCUCCGCCACCUGCAGGGACUUCUGCUGCCCACGGAAGGCUAAGCGCAGCAACGCCGCUACCUGGAGAUUGCAGGGGAACACUGCAGGAGCUGCGGGGGGGGGGGGGGGAUGUGCCCAGAGGAGGCCUGACAGUUGCCAAACCGGUCGUGCGCUCGACGGACACUUUGCGACCUGCCCGUGCAUCACCAAAGCCCCGUACGUCUGUCUUUCGUCGACAGCAGGGAGCGCGAGAGCAACCUUCGACGCCGCUGCCGCCGCACUCUGCCUCAACCAACCCCCCUCCCUUAAAAAGGGAAGAAAAAAAAACAACAAAAAAAAAAAACCCAUCAACGGAUUAUCGUUAACUGUGCGGGCAGCAGGGUACAGCUGCUGGAGAAGGGAGACCCGGAGACGGCAUCGCGCAGCUCCCAGCCCUCCUCUCCAAUCCCCCUGAGCACACAGAAUCAAUUGGACACAAGGGGGGGCGGCGGCUGACGGCAAACUGAAUGGGGGCAUCGCACGGAGAGAAGGACGAUCAGAAAAGAGUGCGUGCUUCCCCCCCCUCCCCUUCCCUUCUUGUGCCCGGGUCGAACGCGCGAGCUUUUCUGCCGAUGGAGCGCGGUAAGAGGUGGCCGGUGGUAGCCAGAAGCGGCUCCCGAGGACGAGUGAGAGAAGAGCUGCAGGCGCUGCGCUCCCAAGGCAACCGGAUCAUUGUACCCGCUUUGUUCCGUGGGCCUCAAACCUCUCCCCUGCGCGACCUUCUGACGCUGCUCUAGCGGAUUUACUGGGAGCCUUGUUUUCCAACAUGGGGUUGCUAUUCACUUCACUUCUCUAGAGGAGGAAGGGAAGCGGUAAAAAUAAAAGGCGACAGUUCCCGGGAAGAAAUGAAUUAAACACCUCGGCUGUUCUGUGUAGAGGAAAAAAGGACUUCUGAAAACUUGAGGUAGGUAGGUGUUUGGCGCUGCAUCCUGUCGGUUAAAAUCUUUGCUCGGCUACCUUUUCCUCCGAUACGCACGCACGCACGAGCUCACUUGCGUGCACGGUGUCCGAACAGCACCGUCCUGUGUCGUCAAUGGAAAAAGGGACCAGAGUGCCGCUGAAACCAGGGUAGGGCCAGUUCUCCGUUCCCGUGCCAAAUCCCGGACGAUGCCGAAUUAUGAACGUGCCACAUCAUGAGUCUCUUGUGGCGGGUAACUGUGCGCCGUACCUGGAAUGCAGCCCUGCUUUGUGUAGUCUACCUCGUGGUGCGAGCGUUGAGUGUGUGCGCUGCCUCAGCGGGCCCCCAGAGCUGCCCGCUUGUAUGCUCCUGCAGUAACCAGUUCAGCAAGGUGGUGUGCACACGCCGCGGCCUCACCAGGGUCCCCGUGGGCAUCCCGUCUAACACGCGGUACCUCAACCUGAUGGAGAACAGCAUUGAGGUGAUCCAGGCGGACACGUUCCGCCACCUACACCACCUGGAGCGGCUGCAGCUGGGCAGGAACGCCAUACGGCAGAUCGAGGUGGGUGCCUUCAAUGGCCUCACCAACCUCAACACCCUGGAGCUGUUCGACAAUCGGCUCACGGUGAUUCCGAGCGGAGCUUUCGAGUACUUGUCCAAGCUACGGGAGUUAUGGCUCAGGAAUAACCCGAUUGAGAGCAUACCCUCCUACGCCUUCAACCGGGUGCCCUCCUUAAUGCGCCUGGACCUGGGGGAGCUGAGGAAGCUGGAGUACAUCUCGGAUGGCGCUUUCGAGGGAUUGUACAACUUGAAAUACCUGAACCUUGGAAUGUGUAACAUCCGAGAGAUGCCCCACCUCACCCCACUGGUGGGACUCGAGGAACUGGAAAUCUCCGAGAACCAUUUUCCGGAAAUCAAGCCCGGCUCGUUCCGGGGACUGAAAUCGCUGAAAAAGCUCUGGAUAAUGAACUCGCAGAUUGCCCUGAUCGAGCGGAACGCGUUUGAUGACGUCACAGCACUCAUGGAGCUCAACCUGGCCCACAACAACCUCAGCUCCUUGCCACACGACCUUUUCUCGCCCUUGCGGUACCUGGUGGAGUUACACCUGCACCACAACCCAUGGAACUGUGACUGCGACGUGGUGUGGUUGGCCUCAUGGCUGCGGGAGUACAUCCCCACCAACUCGACGUGCUGCGGCCGCUGCCACUCUCCGGCCCACAUGCGCGGUCGCUACCUGGUGGAAUUGGAGCAGAGCACCUUCCAGUGCUCAGCUCCAUUCAUUGCAGACGCGCCGCGGGAUCUCAACAUCUCGGCCGAGCGCGCGGCCGAGCUCAGGUGCCGCACGGCACCCAUGUCAUCCGUCCGGUGGCUGCUGCCCAAUGGCACGAUCCUGACGCACGCUUCCAACCACCCGCGGAUGUCCGUGCUCAAUGAUGGCACUCUCAACUUCUCAAACCUGCUGCCCAGCGACACAGGGAUUUACACGUGCAUGGUCACCAAUGUGGCGGGCAACUCCAAUGCUUCGGCCUAUCUCAAUGUGAGCACCGCGGAGCUCAACACGUCCAACCUGAGCUACUUCACCACCGUGACCGUGGAGAUUGUGGAGCCCCCGUCUGAGGUGAUGUUUAAGCCAAAGACGGUCACCGCGUCGCCCUCCGUCUUUCAGCCCGUGUUCAUAUCCACUCCGACAGUGCUGCUGCAGAACACCAAGACGCCCAAGCAGGUGUCCAUCCCCACUGCCAAAGGCACGGAGAAACCCGGAGCUAGCCUGGACGAGGUCAUGAAGACCACCAAGAUAAUCAUUGGGUGCUUCGUGGCUGUCACCCUGCUGGCGGCGGUCAUGUUGAUCGCCUUUUACAAACUGCGGAAGCGUCACCAACAGCGGAGCACGGUGGCCGCUUCUAGGACUAUAGAGAUAAUCCAGGUGGAUGAGGACGGUCCCCGGGCUGCUUCCACCACCAGUAUACCUGGAGAGGGUGCGGUCGUGCUGCACAGCGUCCGAGACCACAACAGCACCUUCAAGACCAACUACAACACAUACAAACCAGCACACGGGGCCCACUGGACAGAAAACGAUACCGGCAACUCUCUGCAUCGAUCCAGGCCCAGCACCAUCACCAGUAUCUCCGAGUCCUAUGUAACAAAAACUCACACCAAGGAGAAGCAGAACCGUGUGGUCGGGACACAGCUGCAGACAGAACAAACGGCCAAGCGGUCUUCGAAAACUGGUAACCGAGACAAUCAUAAUGCAGUCAUAUGCUGGGCUGGUCAGCGUUGCUGCCCGUCAUCAAGGGCUUUGGAAAGUAUUCCCUGGACAAAGAGCCAAGGGCGUGUCGCACUUCAGUGGUCCUGAUGGAGACACAUGUACAGGU